GUAAAGUUGUGUAAAUAUGGGAUGGGACUAUGGGAGGCACACACACACGAGGUUGACACAGAGAGUCACAACCUUGGAAUCUGUUCUCACUCUCAAAAGGAAAAACGAAGGCGUCGGAGUGAUCGGUAGCGACAGGAAGAUGGGGGAGGAAGAGGAGAAGAGAAAGAAGAAGAAAAAGAGAAGUUCCUUGUCUCCCUCAGAAGAUGAAGGUAAGAGCAAAAGGCGUAGAACAGUGGAAGACAAGGAAACAAAGAGGAACAAGAAAGACAAGUCCCAGUCCAAGGAUCGGAAGAAGCAGCACCACAAAUCUCAUAAAUCAUCCAAACACCAUUCUGAUAAAGGAAAAAAGUCUGAUGAGAAACACAUUGGUAAACGUCACAAGCAUGAUCCUCAUUUGAAAGUUAAUCGACAAGAACUGUCUGAGGAUGACUACUUCUCCAAGAACAACGAAUUUGCUACCUGGCUGAAAGAAGAGAAAAAUUUGUUUUUCUCAGAUCUUUCGUCUGAGUCAGCACGCGACCUAUUUUCACGGUUUGUCAAAGACUGGAACAAUCAAAAGCUUGAAUCCCAGUACUAUGAGGGCAUUUCGACUGGGCCACGCACAUCUCAUAAGUGGAAAAUUAAACAAUAGUGGAGUCCUCAAACUUAUUGUUCUUACGUUUUGUUGUGGCUUCUGUAUCUACUGAUCUACAGUCGUUUCCUAUGAUAAGUUUUAGGAAAAUUAACAUCAUCCCCGUACCCCUUGUUGUUUUUCACCUUUUAUUUUUUGUUACAUGAUAAGCUAGUUGGUUUGGUUGUAGUGAAUAGUUGAGAAUGUCUAGACAAGUAUUAGAAAAUUUGCAUGCUUGAGAUUACCAUGUAUUUAUGUCAACUUUGUUGCUCAAUUGAUUCAGCACU